GAGAAUUAUUAACUAUCAUACAAGUUUAUUAUUACCAUGAUUUUUAAAGAAGAUUGUGGUUUCUUUGAAUUGUGCCCUUUCCAGAUUUUGAAAUAUUUAAUAAUUCACCAGAGGUGUGAAACAGCAGGAGUAUCAAAGGGAGCAUUGCUAGAAGGACAGCUAGUGAUUUCCAUAGAAGCAUUAAAUUCUAAGCACCAAGCAAAUACUCUUCACUGUGUAACAACUAUUGCUGCUGCAGGAAGCAUUUAUGGUGGUUUGGUCCUCAAGAAGUUCCUUAAAGAUAUGCAAUCCAUACUGCCUGGAUUCUUUGCAAACCUGAAUUGGACUUCAGAGGAGGCCAGCCAUUCUCAGGAUGCAUCAGGGCUAAGAUCCUUCCAGGUGAUUUUUGAGGCUGAUGUAAACCCCAGGACUUUGAUGACAGAUAAUCUGGUUAUAAAGAAUUUUUUACGCAAAGUCAUCUCUGUGCUCCCCAAGAUUAGAUUUAAUUUCAGUGUAAAGGUGAAUGGAAUCCUCUCCACGGAGAUCUUUGGGGCAGAGAAUGAACCUACUUUGAACCUGUCGAAUGGAAUUGCUCUUGUCGUAAACUGUCAGCAUUACCUGAGUACAGCAAAAUUUGAUGCAACUGAAUUACCCUGCAGCAGAAUCCAUCCUGUGCUGGGACAUCCAGUAAUGCUCUUCAUCCCUGAUGAUGUGGUAGGAGUGGGCUUGUUGGGAGAGCUGACACUGACUCCAGCCGUGGCUCUGUGUCCUUGCCCGAAGGUCUUUUUCAACCAGCUGAAUAGGAUCUCUUCCAUUUCCAUAUUUCUGUAUGGACCUUCAGGUCUGCCUCUAAUGUUUCCAAAUUCAGAGCAGCCAACUACUGCUGUCUUCAAAGACACCUCUUAUUUCAUUGACGGGAAGAAGUGCCGCUUGUGUAUGGUGCCCAGUUUGGAUCUCAGUUUAGACAGAGGUUCGGUGCUUCCAGAUGUGAGUUAUCAGGUGGAAUCCGGUGAGGGAGAAGAACAGUCUCAGAAUAUGGAUCCUCAGGGACAAACUCUGCUGCUUUUUCUUUUUGUGGAUUUCCACAGAGGAUUUCCAGUCCAGAAAAUGGAACUCUGGGGAGUCCACACUUUGCUCUCAGCUCAUCUCAGUGCCAUCCUCAGGGAGAGCCACAGCGUGGUGCAAGAUUGCAUCCAGGCCACUGUGGACUGGGCCUUGGAGCAGCAUCACCAGGCUGUCAAGGCUCAUCAGAAACUACAGGCCUCACUGUCAGUGGCUGUGAAUUCCAUCAUGAGUAUUAUGACUGGAAGCACAAACAGCAGCUUCCGGAACACCUGCCUCCAGACGCUUCAGGCAGCUGACACACAGGAAUUUGGGACCAAACUGCAUAAAUCAUUUCAUGAGGUCACCCAGCACAGAUUUCUUUACCACUGCUCACAUGAGGUGAAGCAGCAGUUGCUUCCAGAGAAAAAUGAGGCAGAGCAGAACACAGAGGAGACACAUGAGAACAGCAGCCUGGAGCUCCUUGCAGUCAUUCGUGUUGAUACUGUGGCUCUUCCUGGCUUCGGUUACUACUCUGUGGAAUACUGGGCUGUGGAAUCUGCUCCUGGGUGCAGACACCCCCUCCACCUCCAUGGACGUUAUGGGGGAGGGACCGGCGAGCAAACAGAAAACAAGAGGCUCAAGAGAGGCAGCCAAGCCGUGGAGGAGACGCGAGCCUUCCGCUCUGCUGGGGCCCUGAGCCCGUCAGAGGCCGCCUCGCGCCGCGCGGAGCCCACCACGGCACCGCUGACCUCUAGCAGAAGCAGGACGGACCCCGGGAGCGGCCUAGAGGACACGCUGUGGCUGCAGGAAAUUUCCAAUCUGUCCGAGUGGCUGAGUUCUGGGCCUGGGCCCUGAACCUGGCCCCCUUCCCCGCGCUUCCACGCCCACCCAGCCGCCACCGGGGUCGCGGGUUCUCUGUUUUUCAAUAAACCUGCUCCGCGCGCGCA